CAAAAUAAAAACAGAUUCAUGGAAACGAAGCCACCAAAAAUGUUGUGAAGACAACGCUUACGAUAAGUCGAGCACCAAUGGGCUAGAAAAAAUAAGGAUGAUGAGUGACAACUGCACUUGUGGGAAUAGCGGGGAGGUAGGAAAAUGCGUGCGCUGUACCUCCCCUGUGCAGCCUACAGAUCUGAGUCUGAAGUGUCCGUCCAAGAAACUGCGGCCCAUACCACCGCCUCUCGAUCUGGCUGGUCAUCCACCCAAUGCGCUGAAGGAGUUUGCUAUAAUUGCAACGAGUCCAAAAAGCCCACUGAUGCAGAAGAGUUUACCAUUUCGUAAAAGGGCAUACAGCUUUUCAUGGAAUUCAGAUGUCACCCCACCACCUACUCCACCACAGCAGCCGGCACAAGCCAUUAUUACUGCCACCACAGUAAAAGUGGAGCCGCCUGCAAGUCCAAGUACACAGCAGGCACAGAGCUCAGUUCUCAUGAGCCCAGCAUCUCUCACCAGUAGUCGUGAGGAUCUCCAUUCUUGUCCAUGGCCUGCUCCAGUGUGGCACUGCUUCCAGCCAGGAACACUAGUGCGUUUUAGUGGUGAUACAACAUGGCGACGGGCUGAGGAAAUUUCGGGCUAUCGCUGUGAGUGGCUACGCCUAGAAAUGGCAGCUGAACAAGAACGGACACAAGAUGGUGUGUCUACUGUACUUGCAUUCCGCUGGGAACGAGGUGAUCUGACUGCUCGAUGUUCUCGUUUACAGACAUUUUACACACAUCAUAAAGGUUGGUGUGCUGUAUGCCCAGAUGAAGUAUUGCAUGCAUACAGUGUAUCGUGUCACCUAUUAGAACCAGGAGAUAUAUGUUUACCACCUCCAAGAAACAGCUCCGCAUCUGUUGGCAGUAGCUGGCCAGCGGUAACAGUGAAAUCUCCAGAUAUAUGUGACAGUUUUCGCAGGUUUAGUUUUCCUCCUGAGGAGUUACCAACAAGUAGGCACAAACUAGUGUCUCCAAAGCCAGUGCCAGUACCUUCCAUAGCAGUGGAAAUUUCAUCUCCAGUGCCCUCCCCUGCAGCUGGGCCAGAAACAGAGCGGGCAAAACGUCCUAUGAAUGCAUUUAUGCUGUUUGCCAAGCGUUACAGACUUGAACUUAUACAGUCACACCCAGGCAAGGACAAUAGGGCAAUCAGUGUACUUUUGGGAGAGGCAUGGCGUAGCAUGCCUGCUGAGGAGCGUCAGAAGUUUGUGGAGGAAGCACGACUCCUGGCCCAGGAGCAGAAGAGGCGCCACCCUGAUUGUUGGAAGCGUAAGCGGUCUCAUUCCACCAGUUAGCGAUGUUCAAUAAAGUAUGUACAUUUGCAUUUAUUUACUUGUGCAUUUAAAAACUUGAAGCACCCCAUGAAGGAAUGGUUGAAGGAAUGGUUGGCUAUAUCAGUUUUCUGUGGGCAUUAUGCUGUUCGAUAUUUUCUGUCAUGACAUAACAUACGAGACAGUGAGUGUGGUGUGAUGCAAGUUACCCUUGAUGCAGCCUCUCAAAUUUUAAUAAAGCAAUAAUAUUUUUAAGAAAAGAAGUGUCUGCUGGAAUGCUGUUAUAGUUAAAAACAAACUUUUCAUCUUUGUCAGCAGUUAAACAAAUUAUCAAAAAAAUGAAAUGACGUCAGAAUCUUUGCAGGUAACAUAAAUAUUCUGAAUGACUUACAUAGAACAAUAGAUUCUUGAAAACAAGGAAACUGAAUGGAAUAUCCUCAGCUACUUCAUCAGACCUGAUGACUCUGUAUCCUACAUAUUAAAUGUCGAUGACAUUUUUUCCCAAAUGUGUGCAAAUCAUUACAAGAUUAUUAUUGGUAAGCACUUAGGCAUUUUUUGCACUUUAUAGUCCUGUUCAGCAAAUAUUGUAAAUUUAUUUGCAUAAGUUCAUCUACAUGGGGAGGAGGACAGAAAGACACCUGAAAGUUAAAAAUUUAAAUCAGUGAUAGUCUACAAAGUAAUAUUCUUUUUAAGAAGAUCAAAUAAUGAUGAACAGAUCCAGAAAGAAUGAAUUCAUUCAUAACAUUGGUGGAAGGAGGCGUAAAGAAAGAAAACUGAAUAGGAAAUGAGAACACGGUAAUGUUUUAAGGAAUGAAAGAAGACAUUAGUAGGUAAGACAACUGCACACGGAAGAGGUAAGGUGAAGCUGAUGGAAAGAUGAAACAAAUUUAAAGAGACAUGAAAAUGAUGGUAACUAUUUUAAAACUGUGGCACCUUUUAGCAAAUACUCAUCAGUUUCAUAAUUAAGUCAUCAAGAUACAAACUACAGACUGUCUUCUUCAGACUGUUACCUGUGUUGUCACAAAAACACAGUGCACAUACUAAUAAGUCAAAUGGAGUUUCACCAGAAUUUGCCUCCAGGAGGUGCAGUUUCCAGUGUUACAAGAGAACAAUAAAAAAUUAAUCACAGCACUCCUUGAUUUCAAAGUAUCGCAUUUUUCUUCAGGGAGGAGGAAAAAUAUGGUUGGGAAAUGGGAUGUCCUGGCACACAAAACAAAACUCAAGUUACAAGGAAUCAAUAUCUUAAUAUGUUAUUAUAUCUUUUGACAUAUUAGUCCAUGUGGCACUGUACUGUAGACACAUAUGCUUAUUUAUCUGACCCAA